AUACAUGUGAAAGCACAUUUUGACUAUGAUCCCUCUGAUGACCCUUAUGUCCCCUGCCGAGAGUUAGGCCUAUCUUUUCAAAAAGGAGAUAUACUCCAUGUGAUUAGCCAAGAAGAUCCAAACUGGUGGCAGGCUUACAGAGAUGGAGAUGAAGAUAAUCAGCCAUUGGCAGGCCUUAUCCCUGGAAAAAGUUUUCAGCAACAAAGAGAAGCAAUGAAGCAAACUAUAGAAGAAGACAAGGAGCCAGAAAAAUCAGGAAAGCUCUGGUGUGCGAAGAAAAACAAAAAGAAACGGAAAAAGGUUUUAUACAAUGCAAAUAAAAAUGAUGAUUAUGACAAUGAGGAAAUUUUGACCUAUGAGGAAAUGUCACUGUAUCAUCAACCAGCAAAUAGGAAACGGCCUAUUGUUCUGAUCGGCCCACAGAACUGCGGCCAGAACGAAUUGCGGCAACGACUUAUGAAUAAUGAAGUGGAUCGCUUUGCCUCUGCAGUUCCUCAUACUACUCGGAGCAGGCGAGAGACUGAAGUAGCUGGCAGGGAUUACCAUUUCAUUUCCCGACAGGCAUUUGAGAGUGACAUAGCUGCAGGGAAGUUCAUUGAAUAUGGAGAGUUUGAAAAGAACCUCUAUGGCACUAGCAUAGACUCUGUGCGGCAAGUAAUCAACUCCGGCAAGAUAUGCCUUUUAAAUCUGCAUACACAGUCACUGAAGACACUACGUAAUUCUGACUUGAAGCCAUAUAUUAUAUUUGUUGCACCACCUUCGCAAGAGAGAUUACGUGCUUUAUUGGCCAAAGAAGGGAAAAACCCAAAGCCAGAAGAGCUGAGAGAAAUCAUAGAGAAGACGAGGGAGAUGGAACAGAACAAUGGCCACUACUUUGAUACAGCAAUUGUGAAUUCUGAUCUUGAUAAGGCAUAUCAAGAGUUACUGCGGUUAAUAAACAAACUUGACACAGAACCGCAGUGGGUGCCCUCUACCUGGCUACGAUGAGAAAGCCAUUUCAAGGGACAAGUGGACUUCAGUCUAGUAAUCUUCCCAAGGGGAUCGUGUGUUGGUCUGCCCAAUUCUAGUAUAAAUGCGUGUGAGCUCUAGACCUCAGUGGCUGCGUCCUUUGCCAGUGAAAUUGCGUAUUCUUGAAAAAAUACGCUAAUCAGCUUGUGAGCCAAUUUAACUGAUGUAAAGAUUGUCCAAGUUUACUUUCUCUGUGGUCUAGAAAUGGAGACCUUGUCAGUACUAAAUUCUAAAGCUUUAGAUAGAUUUUUCUAGCAACUACUUUUAUACAUAAAUCCACCUUUUUUACCUAGAAUCACCCUUAUGAAAUCAAAGAUUUUAAGUGUGUGUGUGUAUAUACAGUCCAUGCUGUCACAUAGUUAUAAAUAUGAAUGUUAUUUAACACUUAACUUAAUGACUUUGUGGGA